AUGGCUACAGUGCCUGCCACUGCCUUCAUAGCUGCCCAUGGCGGGGCAGAACGUCUCGUGGCUCCAAGAGUUGAGCAUGCACCUCGUUCUGUGUCAACCAGACCUGGUGUUCAGAGCCAGGCUGCCACAGCAGCCAUUGCCGGAUCUGCAUUUGCUGCCCUGACGAGCGGCAGAAAAAAGCCCGGAACUGCGCGUAAGGGUCUGCGAGUAGUUGCAGCGCGCAAAGCUGUUCCUCCAGGUGUCUACUGCGAGGCGUUGGAGAAAUGUGAACGACGCAAAACUCGCACUGUUUACGUCGGCGAGGUGCCAGUCGGCUCCGAGCACCCCAUUGCAACUCAGACAAUGACGACGACGCUGACAACUGAUGUUGAGGGGACCGUCGCCCAGGUUAAGAAGUGUGCGGACAUGGGCAUCGAUAUUGUGCGAUUGACAGUGCAGGGCAUGAAGGAAGCCAAAGCCUGCGAGCACAUCAAAAAGCGUCUCCUCGAAGAUGGAUACAAGACCCCUCUCGUCGCUGACAUCCACUUCACGCCCAAGGUUGCACUGGUUUGUGCUGACUUUGUGGACAAGGUUCGAGUGAAUCCUGGCAAUUUUGCUGAUGGCCGCAAGUCCUUUGACACCAUCGAUGAGCUGACAGAGGAGGACGUGCAAGAAGCCAAGGAUGCAAUUGAGGAGGCACUGACUCCCUUGGUCCUCAAGUUGAAGGAGCAGAACAAGUCAAUGCGAAUUGGUGUGAACCAUGGAUCUCUGGCUGAGCGAAUCCUGUUUCAAUAUGGAGACUCGCCUGAAGGCAUGGUGGCGUCGGCCAUUGAGUUCGGAGAGAUCUGCCGCAAACACGAUUUCCACAACUUUAUCUUCAGCAUGAAGUCUUCAAAUCCACAAGUCAUGGUGAAUGCGUACCGGCAGCUGGCGCGCGAGAUGUACAAGCUCGGCUGGGACUACCCCUUGCACCUGGGCGUCACCGAAGCCGGUGGUGGUUCUGACGGUCGUAUCAAGUCGGCAGUUGGCAUUGGAGCCCUGCUUUUGGACGGCCUUGGUGACACUAUUCGUGUGUCGCUGACAGAGGAUCCAGAGUUUGAGGCCAAGCCUUGCAUUGCCCUGCGAGGCGUUGCAGAGGGGGCCGUUGGGAAGGGUGUUGCGCCAUUCGAAGAGCACAGCCAGAGAAGGAGCGGCCAGUUCUCUCGACGCAAGUGCGAAUAUCCGAUUGAUGUUCCGCUCAACCAAGACGGAUCCGUGCUUGCACGCAUGUCAGUGAAAGAACUUACCAGCCUGGAUACUGCUGGACUUUGCGAUCGGCUCGGGCUGCGACUUCGUGCUGAUGGCGAUGUGCAAAAGGAUUGGAAGAGCGUGGAUGCUGUGGUAAUUGAAGGUAUGCUGCCCCCUGGCGCGGGUGUGAAGCUCAAAACCUUGCUGGACGUGCCUACAGGCGUUCUUUGCAAAGCGGGCCCCAAUGUUCCUGAGGGUGCAACCGUGCUCAUGAGUGCGGACGCAGUAGCUGCAGGCGACAAGCUGCCAGAAAGACUGGGCGGCUAUGCAGUCGUGUUUACCGGCGAGGAGUCUCAGGAUGAGAUGCAGGACGUGCUUGAAAAAGCAUCGCCACGAUUCAUUCUGCUGAAACCUGCGAACCGGGAUGGCAGGACUUUCCUUGCCAGAAGAUUCUUUGCGCAGCUGGGGCAGCUGGAGGUCGGCAAGUCCGUUCCCACCAUGCUUUGGUUCCACUAUGCCAAGGAAGACAACAAAGACCAAGAUGAUGUUGUCGUGGAGGCAUCGGCAGACUUCGGCAGUCUCUUCGUAGAUGGAAUGGGUGAAGGCUUGCUCUGGGAUGCAGAAGAUCUCUCGUCUGAUGAGCUGCGCGAAUCCUCGUUUAACCUUCUCCAGGCUUCGCGAAUGCGUAUCUCCAAGACGGAGUUCAUCAGCUGUCCGUCCUGUGGUCGAACUCUUUUUGAUCUGCAGGAAACCACGGCGAAGAUUCAAUCACGAACCGGGCAUCUACCAGGUGUCCGAAUUGCCGUCAUGGGGUGCAUAGUCAACGGGCCCGGAGAGAUGGCAGAUGCCGAUUUCGGUUACGUUGGUAGUGGAGUUGGAAAGCUGGGCACUCAGUUGCAUUUCACAGAUGCUGUGCUGAGCAUGAACGUGAAAGCCUGA